AUGACUCUCUACAUACCCUCCGAUGACGAUUGGCACAAUGAGACGACGAUGCGACCCUACCCGUGGCAUGGAUAUGAGGCGGGAAUCACGCCCGUCCGCAUGAUUCAAUACAACAACACCACCGCUCCUCCACCCUGCGAGUUCCACCACGACGUCCCCGCCGUGGUGUUCUCCUCGGGGUAUAUCGGAAACUCGUACCACGAAAUGAGCGAGAUAAUCAUCCCCCUCUUCCUCACCACCAAGCACUUCCAGUCGCGCGUGGUCUUCAUCAUCGAGGACUAUCAACCCUCCUUCAUCGCCAAAUAUAGCACCAUCUUAACUCGUCUGUCGGCUCACGAGCUGAUGAAUCCGGCUGCAAACGCCACUGUCCACUGCUUCCCUGCUUCGAUCGUGGGGCUCAAAUAUCAUGGCAUUCUGGCGCUGAAUCCGAGAGACAUCCCUGGAGGCUACGGAAUGCCCGAAUUCAGGCAUUUCAUGUUUGAGACAUUCGGUCUGAGGAUUGAGCACGUGUCGCAGAUAGCUAGACCCAGGUUGUUGCUUCUGUCACGUAAGCGUACAAGGAGGUUCCUGAAUGAAGACGAAAUCAUCAACAUGAUCAAGGAUGUAGGGUUUCAAGUGAUUGUGCUGAUAAACUCGUGCAACGUGCUUCUCGGUGUCCACGGCGCCGGCCUCACCAACGGUGUAUUCUUGCCUAGGGGCGCCGUCAUCAUCCAAGUAGAACCACUCAACCUGGAGUACUUUUCUAAAGUUAUAUUCGAAGACAAUGCGCGUGCAAUGGGGAUGCAAUACUUGCGCUACAAGAUUGAAGACUACGAGAGUUCGCUGCUCAAAGUAUUCGGCCGCAAUAGUUCAGUCAUAACUGAUACAAGCUCAGUGUACAGACACCAUGGGAUCUUGGCUUCAAGAGACGUGUUUUAUGAUCAACAAAAUGUGAAGCUCAAUCUUGCUCGAUUUAGGGAGACCGUAGUCAAAGCGCUUAGUAUUGUUACGGAUUCCACUACCCAAACCUAG